UAGAUGACUCAGUCAGUCUGAGGAGUGGCUACACCACCGUUUAUAGAGAUCUAGGUGUUAGUUAGAUUUCCUUUACAGCAGCCAUGGAGCUUCUUGUUCUUUUGUCUCUUUGCUUGCUGACUUUUAUUGGAAAAACGUUUGGUGAUGAUUCUAUCAAGAUUACCAUCAAAGAAGACGAGGAUAUCAUCCUAAAUUGCUCUUUUGAAAAAGAUAUUACAGGUCAUCGCAUUGAGUGGAAAAAAGAUUACAAGGAUGUUUUUUAUUUUGAUUUCAGGAAGGAGGAUCCUACAGUUGAGGAUCCAAAGUUUAAAGACCGGGUCGCUCAUUUUUCAGAAGAUCUAAAGUCAGGAGAUGCUUCCAUUAAAAUCAAGGGAGCAAAGGUUUCAGACAGUGGGAAAUACACCUGCUUGCAUAUUAACCAACCUGGAAAAGCUCCAGUGGACCAGCGUCUUAUUGAGCUUACUGUUGGUACUUGUCCAAAGCCAGAUAUCAGUGCUCUUGAGAUCAAAGAUGGUGGGAGGCAGGUGGAGUGUACAGCUGUUGGUGCUUUUCCACAACCUAAAAUGGAGCUGAAAAACGAUGCUGAUGUUGCUUUUAAACCUGAAGUUUACAAAGUAUUUCAGAAUGGAAGCUACUUUGACAUUGUACUAAUCGCUGUUGUGACUGAGGAAGGCUACUACCAUUGUGUUUUGACACAAAAAGACAUCUGCCAUCAAAUUUUCUCAAAGAGGAGCAAGGUGCUAAUGACUUCUGAAAUUGCUGGUCAUUUGGAGAUUGUUAUUAUCAUCGCCAUUGUUCUGGCCAUUGCUGCUGUUGUUCUGGUCAUUGUUGCUGUUGGUCUUGCUGCAGCUUUGAUAUAUACUUGCAAAAAAUAUAACCCCAGGAACAAUGAGCGGUCUUCGACAUCUGUGAAGAGUAAUUUAUCAGAGGAAUCUCUUGGAAUGCCUAAGCUUCUGUCCUAACCACUAGAAUACUCCAUGUCCCAUGAGAAAAGACCUUCCUGGGCAUCCUGGAUCUUUGUGGCCCUUCCAGGGAGAUGGCUUGAUUAGAUCUCCUCUAUAAAUGGGAUUGAUUCAUCUGACCAGUCUUUAUGGCCAUCUUCUGUAGGUUCUCUCAGAUGCAGUGCAGCUGGCUGUCUUGAAGCUAUCAUCUAAAUGUAUUGUUUUGUGAAAUUGUUUUAUUUUAUAAGAGAUGCAAAUUAAAUGUUGGGUUGUUUCUUUCCAUCACAUUGCAUAAUAAAAUGUUACUGCCGUUGUUCAGUUCCAUUUUAAAGCUCUGUAUGUUGUACAGUGGGAAUUGUAUAACUGUUCACACACACUCUUUACUAAACAUAUUAGAAACUGUUUUGUUUCUACAAUAACUCUUUUUAUCUUUACAUUCUUUCUUUAAACCGCUUUAAGUUUGUAAGUCUGUGUUUUUAUGCAUGUAAAAUAUCCAAUUAUGAUAAAUGUGUUAUUUUGAAGAGCUAAGAUUAUGUCUGGGUUAUUUUUCUGCAGCUUUCUGAAGUCCUUCUCCUAUGUAUUCCAUAGAGGACCUUAACUCUUUCAGAGACUGCCUAUACUAUUUUUUUUUCCUAGUACACUCUUUUCUUAAUUGAUUUCAUGUUUUAUAUUUUUUGUUUGAACAGAAUGCUAAAUAGGUGAUGUAGUGGACAAUUAUGUAAUAAUAUUUUUAUUUUAAAAAUUUAUGUAAAAAAAUAGGCUAAUGUUUUGUUUAAUGAUGAAUUAUUUAGGGUUUCCUGUUGUUUUUAAUAAUAUAAAAGAAUUUACGUCUACUUAUGUGUCUUAAUUAUUUGUCAGUCAAUUUUUUUUAAUGCAGAAAUUAAAAAAAGGGAGGUAAUGUUUUCUGUGACUGUGGUUUAUUUGGCUGUUGAUAGAGGGAAGGAUGGAUUG